AUGAAAUCGUUAUUCUCUAGAUUUAAAGGUGGUCCGAGCGACUCUCGUUCAUCAUCAAGAGCCAACUCAUCAGCAUCCACCAACAAAGAGAGGGAGAAGGAAAACUUAUCCUCACCAUCUGAUCCAAAAUCAAAGUCAUCAUCAUCCACGAACAAGCAGUUAAAGAAAGUGUUAUCAAGGAAUCACCUCAGUGAAAAGCCGACUUCUUCCUCUUCCGCUUCUUCACCUGAUCCACCCCCUCGGACUCUGACACCCAUAGGUAACCAGCAUUCCUCCUCAUCACCUAAUCUGACAUAUGACGAUCCCAGACCACAUUCUAUCACCGGUUCUGCGGAACUGCUAUCGCCCGUCGUUGGACUAUGGGAUGAGCCAAGGGGAGAGAACAGGAAUAGGCAUGGGACGAUCAGUGCGUCUGGAGAUAUACAUGACAGACCAGGAGGGAAGAAAGUUACAUUCAGAUCACCAGCUCCUACGCCCACUACGAGCGUGGUAUUAGAUCAAGCUACUAAGAUAGAUUUUGAGAGGAGGGGAUCAUCUUCUUCUAUCGCAGGAGGUACAUCACCUUCAAAGAGAGCUUCUACAUCAGCUUUGAAACCACCUUCAGCUUCACAAACUGAUAGACCAGGUACAUCUCAAUCGACUAAUUCGACCAAUAAACGACCAAGACCAACAUCAAGACAGACUUCGCCAUUCUUACCUUCGCUGGUCAUUCGCCCCACGGCAUUUCGUAAAGCCUCUUUACCACCUUUGGGUUUCAACACUCAUGGUAAUGGUACGACCAGUAGCUCACCCACCAAAAGCUCUACUACGAUCUUAUCACCUACUCCAUCGGACGCUUCUACGGGCGCGAUGAGCAAUAUGAGUUACCUUCCUCAGCCAAACAGCUGGAGUGAAAUGGCGGAAGAUGACCUGAUAGCUAAUCUCGGUCCGAAAGAGAGGACGAGACAGGAAGUUUUGUGGGAGAUCGUCAGUUCGGAAGACAGAUACGUACAAGACCUCAUCAAGUUCAACGAAACAUUCUGCAAAUCUUUACUUCCCUUAUCAGCCAAUUCGCCUCAUCUAGACCUAUAUGAUCCCACUCCUUCGAUUAUCACUCGUACCAUGUCCCCUUCCUCUCCCGCUCUAUCUGGUAACGAAUCAUUUGUCAAUCUACCUAUAGCCGCUAGAUACUCAUCUACAACACCGCGAUACAGCGGUGAAAGAUAUCCAUCCGAUUCGUCGACCAGUACGGCACCGCCUAUGACACCGAAUGAUGAAUCGAUUGCUAGAGGAAAUCUAAACUUGAAUUUGAAUGGACCUCCUCCAUCGAGUGCAGCGAGGAUGAACGCUUAUAAUAUCCUAACCAACGGCAGACCUAACACAGGUUUGGGUCUAACGAAUAAAGCUAGUAUAUCAAGUUUAAAUGGGAAGAAAGGUCAUCAUAAUUCCCUACCACCCCCUUCUUCAUCAAGACAACAUUCGAAUUCUUCUCAGUCCGACUUGAAAACUAAUGAUAAUAGAUUAUCUUACCAUCCUGGUAUUCACAACAAGUUACAUAAAGCGAGCUCGAGGAUCAGUUCGGGAGGUUCAAUUGGUCCGAGUUCGGCUACGGCCAGUGGCACGCAUGUUAAAUUACCUGAAGAUCUGGAAAAAGUUCUGACUGUUUUAUCAGGAGGAAUUUUAGACGGACAUAUCAAGUUGUCGAAUGCUUUAAAGAAGAGAUACGAGAAUCAAUAUCCUCUGGUAAGGAGUUUGGCAGAUGUAUUCACUGCUCAUUCAUACAUCCUAAGAGAAUAUUCAACCUAUGUUCUCCAUCUCGAACGUGCGCUAUCUCAAGUCGACGAAUCACUCUCACGCUUCUCGGACAUUUCGGGUGGAAGUGGAACGACCAGAUCGAAGCGGAACUCCAAGAGACUGGAGGAGAGUGAUAUUGGAAUACUGAGCCGAAGACUGAUGGGUCUGGAAGAAUUAGCUUCAGAAAAAGGAGAAGCAGGCCUAGUGAUCAGUUUAUCAAAACCUUUCCAAAGAUUGUUAAAAUACCCGUUAUUGUUUCAGAACUUGCUUUUCAACACAGAUCCUAGUCUGAAAGAGUACGAAGCUACUUUAUCGAUGGUUGAUCAAGUUGAGGAGAUUGUGAGAUCAAUAGAAGAUCAAAAGGGUGAUGAGGAAGAGAGGGAGAGGACGAGGGAUGUUUGGGCGAGAAUAGAUGGGCUUGAAAGAGAUAAGGUCAUCAUGGCUCCGAAACCCAAUAGAAUGUUGAUCGGCGAAACUCAAUUACCCGUACCAGAAGGUAGUCAUCUCAAAGUACAAAAGGAUAUACCGACGUCUGUAAAGGGUAAAAAGUCUUUCAAGAGACUGAGUGAUAUCUUGAAGGGCGGAGGGGACAGUGAUCUAUGGGUCGUUCGAUUCUCUGAUGUUUCUCUACUAUGUGAGAAAACCGGUGUUACCCAUCUGCCUAUAGCGAGCUUCAAGAAAGCCACCAAAUCAGACUCUUCAAAUGAUCUUAGUGGCAAGAAACAUGCGACGAUGGGCAAAAGAAGUGCUUCUGUCAGAGCUAGGAAUUUGUACAGAUUCGUCAAAGUCCACGAGUGGCAUCUCAAGUCUAGACCCAGUACUGAUGGUCUCCUGGAUAUGAACGACAUCUCUGCAUCUCGUCAACGAUUAUCUGAGGUACCUCGAUCACCUCCUGUCUCUAAAUAUCCCACUCUACCUUCUAUAGCAGGUACACCUCACGCUACGCCUACGAAGGUCCCUUUGAAGACAGUGGACGGUUCAGCCAAUCCUUCCCCAACUAAAUCGUUCAGAUCACGCAAAGGUACCGGUAAUGGAAAUGGAUUAGACGAUGAUACGAUGUCAGUGAUAUCAGAUGGUAUAUCCGAAAUGUCAUUCGCAUUUAAAGACGGUGAUCAGGUGAAACCCAAUUUGAAAGCGAAACCGAAAACUAGACAAUCACUUCCACCUACAUCCGCAUCCACAUCAGCUACCAAACCCGGUAGGAACAUCGGGUCAGUAGGAAGAAGGACGACGUCCCAACCUGGUUUAACGAGAAGGUUAUCGGGUGGUCAUGUAGGUGGUCAAGCUGCUAAUGCGAAAUUUGCCAAUCGACUUCGAUCACCUGAUCUCAACCAUAACCAUCAUCAUCAUGCUGCUAGUGAUACGGAAGGACCACCUGUGGUAGGAGAUAGAUCAGCAAGUGCUGCAGGUAAAGCUAGAAGAUCAUUACCUCCUACUUCAGGUACGACGAUGAGCGGUGGACUGAGACCAUUACAUACGGCUGGUAUAGCAUCUGCGACUGCUUCAAGACCAGCUUGGAAUUCUGGUUUAUCAACUACCAGUACAACCAGACGGGCGUCUACACCUGCUUCGCAAGUCGGAUCCGUCAGAGGAACGAGGUUGUCCCAAAUGAACAAUGAUAAUAGAAGUGGUAGUGAGGGAAGGAGAAUACCUAUAGGUAGAUCGUCAAUGACUGGAACUUCUAAUUCGAAUAUUAAUGUCAACAAAACCGCUUUGGGACGUACGGUUACGACUUCUUCCACCAAGGUGGCUGAUGAGGAUAACGAUAAUGGUAAUAAUGAUAUGCAAGAUAAUGGGGAGAUCAGGAAAAUGCCAAGUAAAGAAGAUUCGGUGGUGGGAUUAUGGAGAGCGUUCGACGAGAGUAAGAGUGAGGGACCUCCUACAUCCUCAGGUGUAGGCCUUGGUCUAGGAAUGGAUUCAGCCGAAGGUAAAUCCAUUUCGUCCGUUCGAAGAGGAGGAACAAGAGGUACAGGAGUACCUUCUAGAGGAUCAGUAUCGUCCCUUAGGGGAGUUACUAGUACGCCUAGAGGAUCAGGACUAAGAGGUGGAAGUCCGGCGACCGGACUCAGAGGUGGUGCAGCAGGAGGUACCACCCCGACCAGUGUAGUCGGAUCAGGGAGGUUAACGGGAAAAGCUGCUACGGUAGGAAGAGGUGGGAAUUUGGUUAGUAGUCGGAAAAGAGAUUUGGGAGGGAAGAUAUAA